UAUCGAAAUGGGCAACAGCUUAAUAAUUCGUAAGAGAAGUGCCAAGGUUAUGAAACUUAACGGCGAGAUAACCAAAUACAGAACUCCGGUACAAGCCGGAAAAGUACUUAAAGACUAUCCAGACAGUUACGUUGUUUUGGAUGCUGAAUCCGUUAAGAAUUUGGGGAUUCGUGCCAGACCGUUGGACCCGUGGCAAGAGUUAAAACCCAAGAAGCUUUAUUUCCUAGUCGAGUUGCCGCCGGCGACGGUGGCGGCAGAGAACUCGGUUCGGCCGGAAACGAGGAGGGUUCGAUCGGUAAUUCAUAUGAGUGCUAAGGAUCGGUUAGAGACAUUAAUGCUUUCGAGAAGAUCUUCUUCGGAUCUUAUGGUGACGCGCCAUCAUAGAGAAGUGGUGGUGCCGGAGACGACGGAAGGUGGGCCGGCGGCAGCGGGGAUGAGGGUGAAGGUGUGGCUACCGAAGGCUGAGGUGGAGAAAUUGAUGAGGGAAAGUGAAAAUGAGGCGGAGGCGGCGGAGAAGAUUGCUGGAUUGUACAUGGAAAAUAAGAGAGUUAUUAGGGGAUCGCCGGAAAAGGUGGUGGUGGACGGCGGGAAUUCUAGGCAUGUCCGAUGGAAGGAUUAAUUAAUUCAUGUAAAUAAAGAAUUUUCUUAACAACGUGUUUUUGAAAAUUCUUCUUUUCCCUACACUAUAUAUAUACA